CGGCAGCAGCAGCACGUCCCGGCCGGACCGAGUCUCCCACCCUCCCACAGGCCUGGAAUGGGUAAUGGUGUGAAGGAAGGCUCGGUGCGUGUGCACGAGGAUGCGGGCGGCCUGCCCUCCCCCGUCUCUUCCAAGAGUGACCACAGGCAGGUCCUUAGUUCUCUGCUGUCUGGGGCACUGGCGGGAGCUCUCGCCAAGACAGCAGUAGCCCCCCUGGACAGAACCAAAAUCAUCUUCCAAGUGUCUUCAAAAAGAUUUUCUGCCAAGGAAGCCUUCCGGCUCCUCUACUUCACCUACCUCAACGAGGGCUUCCUCAGCCUGUGGCGAGGGAACUCGGCCACCAUGGUGCGUGUGGUGCCCUACGCGGCCAUCCAGUUCAGCGCGCACGAGGAAUACAAGCGUGUCCUGGGCCGCUACUACGGCUUCCACGGAGAAGCCCUGCCCCCUUGGCCCCGCCUCCUCGCAGGGGCACUGGCUGGAACCACCGCUGCUUCACUGACCUACCCCCUGGACCUAGUGAGAGCUCGAAUGGCUGUGACCCCAAAGGAAAUGUACAGCAACAUCUUUCAUGUUUUCAUUCGCAUCUCCCGAGAAGAGGGGCUGAAGACCUUGUACCACGGCUUCACGCCCACCAUGCUGGGGGUCAUCCCCUAUGCUGGCCUGAGCUUCUUCACCUAUGAGACCCUCAAGAGCCUGCACAGAGAGUACAGCAGCCACCGGCAGCCGUACCCCUUCGAGCGCAUGAUCUUUGGGGCCUGCGCUGGUCUCAUCGGGCAGUCGGCCUCAUACCCCCUGGACGUGGUGCGACGGCGCAUGCAGACAGCUGGUGUCACGGGCCUCCCUCGCGGCUCCAUCUUGCACACUCUGCGCACCAUCGUGCGGGAGGAGGGUGUGGUGCAUGGUCUCUACAAGGGCCUGAGCAUGAACUGGCUCAAGGGCCCCAUUGCCGUGGGCAUCAGCUUCACCACCUUCGACCUCAUGCAGAUCCUGCUGCGGCGCCUACAGAGCUAGGAGCCUUCUGGGGAUGGAACCGGCGGCCGUGGGCGCUGGACAUCGGCCCUUUGCUUUCUGAGCCCCUGGAGCAAGGGUCCACUCAGUUCUACCCUGGCAGUCACACAGGGGCACCUGUGGAACAGAAAGGCAAUUCCAAGAGGCCAGCCAGGCCGGGCAGUGCAGUGUUGAGAGAGGAGGGCCAGGGGCUGUGGGGCAGGCUCCCCCCUCCCCAGGAGGUGUCAGGUGUCCCCAAAUGCCUGAGUAGGGGGGCGUGGUCAGUGUUGCCUCCUGGCACCUUUAGUCCUUGGACAUACUUGGGUUCUAGUGAUCCCCUUGCCGCACCCACCUUCCUCUCCUCUUCCUCUCCUCUCCCAGUCUGUGCUUGCAGGGAGGGGAGCCCGAGAUGCCCAAAGAGGCUUGGUCCCAGGCCCAGUACAGGCAGAGUGGCUGCCUGGCCAGCUGUGGCUCCAUGUACACCCCUGCCCCACCCGCCCCUGUCCUGCCUCUGCUGCGACUUCCGCAACCCCUACAUCUGCUCCUACUUAGGAACAGUCUUCUGGGAGUGUAUGUAUGUAGUGUGAGGCCCAGGAGGGCGUUCUUCCCUUCUGCUGCCCGCCACUGCGGGUUAGUAAUGCCUCCAGGCAGCAGGGCUUGGGUAGUGAGCCCCAACUUGGGUCCUCUGCUGAAAACUGGGUGCCAAGCUUGGAUUUGGGGUAGAAGCCCUGAGUCUCUGCCCAUAGGCACAGUGGCUCCAGGAGAGACCCAGGGCUCCCCACCUGAGCCAGUGCUUGGCCACGAAAUGGGGCAACUUAAGCCCCCAUGGGGUUGUUUGAUAUCCAUGAAUGAAACUCAGUGAGGUGACUGGCAGCCUCUUUCCUCCCAAAAUGGGAACCUCAGAGACAGGGUACAACCUGGGAGCAGGAAGCCUGAAGAGUUGGGAUACCCAGGGCACCCCCAGGUAACACUUCUCAUGGAGAAAUCCCCCUCCCCUCCCCUCCCAUCCCCAGGGCCUGCCAUUUCCUGGUAACAUUUGGAGUUUGAUUUAUUUUUUUUAAUUUUUUCAAUUUGGCCUGGUCUCUUCUCAGCACAGCCUAACUGGACCCCCGAGGGCAGGUGUCUGCGGUGCGCUUGGCAGCCUGUUGGGUGAAAGAGCUGAGGAGCACCCUUGGCACAUCUCUAGUCCUGCCCUGUCUCCCUUCUUGCUUUGGACCUGUGGGUGUGAAGACCCCUCUUUCUGUCUUUCCGCCCAUGUGACUACCAGCUAACCCCACUCUCAUCUCCAACACCCCCCAGGCCCAGGCCACCCGACGGGGGACUAUC